AUGAGGCCAAGUUACUCAGAUGUUUUCACCAAAGCUGUACCACAUACAUUGAGUAAACCGUUAAAAUGUGAAACUAACGAUAGUAAACCCAAAAAAGACCGUAAAAAGGACAACAAAAAUGAGAAGAACCAGAAAAUGAACAGUAAAUUAGGAAGGGGCAGUACUAACAAUGAUAUGAAUGGUAAUAUAGAUCUUAAAGGCGUUCUAAAUGAAAAAAAUCUUAAUCAAACCAAAAGUGACAAAAAGACUGCAAAGGAUGGUAAUUUUAACAGAAAGUGA